AUGACCUCGGCAUUGUUUUCUCCGGGAAGCACACUCAGCGGAUCUGGCGGUGCAGGUGAAGGAUCACGUCCUACCAACACAUCGCCCGACUACCUUUCGACCCACGACUUCUCAACUCCCUCGACAGGCUGGCAGCUGGAUGACUUCGUGCUCGAUCCAGGCUAUGUCGCAUCACGAGAGGAACUGCGCUGGCUGAUGCUCAACACUGCGCAAACCGCCCCGUCCUCUCCAGCCCAUGGCGACAGCUUCAUAUCCGGAGUAGACUCCCAGAGUGGCGAGGACCCGACUUCAGCACAGGACGAAACGUCGCGUCUCUUGUCACAGGGCAGAAGAAUCGAGUACCUUAAGAACUAUAUCAGUCAGGUUGCGCCAUGGCUCGACAUGUUUGACAGCUCUCGUGCUUUCGGGCUGCAAGUCCCUCUACUGGCACAGAAAUCCCCAGCUCUCCUGUGUGCAAUUUUGGCCAUUUCGGCCCGCCAAAUGGAGCGUAAACAAGCAUCCAAUGGAACAUCGACACCCCACAAGAGCUUCGAUAGCCUGGAGCUUUAUCAAGAGUCGAUUCGGCUCCUGACUCCUCUCCUGGAAGCUCACGACCCGGCGGUGAUUCCCAUUUGCGUGAUACUUUGCUGCCUUGAAAUGAUGUCGGCAAGUGCAAGAGACUGGCGCCGCCACCUGGAAGGAUGCGCCGCUCUUUUUGAUGCAUUUCAGGUCCACGGAUUCUGUGGUGGGUUGCUUCAAGCUGUGUUUUGGUGCCACGCGAGAAUGGAUCUAUGUGGUGCUUUGAUAUCAGAUGGCACGCAGAGCACCAUCAUCCCACCCAUUGCUUGGCUGCCCCCUGGCACCGAUGAGGUGAACGCCCGCCAGUGCUUUCAAGAGAUGCAGGGCCCCGAUAUGCACGCCAAUUACGCAGUGUAUCUAUGUGCAAAAGCCUGCGAGCUCAUUUCGGACCGCACUCAUCACGAUGAGUUGGGUGUUUCCAACGGAUGCACAGGAGAAGUAAUCUCUUCUCGCUGGAUGAGACUAUGGAGCGACCUACAGACUUGGGUCGAUGACCGUCCCCAUGAGCUGCUGCCAUUGCAGACUGUCGAGUCGCAACCUUUCCCACAGAUACUCUAUCUUCACUGGGCGGCUAUAUCGUCGAACCAACUGUACCACACUGCUUGCCUCUUGUUGCUCGGCUCGAUGCCCAGGAGACAAGGCUCGAUUUCGGGCGUGACGGGGUCGAGCAUCUGGCAUGCAAAGCGUAUCUGUGGAAUCUCUCUGACAAACCCACAUCAUGGAUGUUUGAACAAUGCGAUUCAGCCGUUGUGGCUGGCAGGCAGGCUUCUUACCCAUGAAUCGGAGCAUUCUAUCCUUGUUGACCUGAUCCGCGAUAUUGAGUCCACAACGGGCUGGGGAACCUGCUGGAGGAUUCCCGACCUAAGAGCGGCCUGGGGCUAUUCUAUCAGAAAACCUUUUCGUCCAAUAGAACAUGCUCAUGUCGACCGGUCUCGAGAUACUCAUAACGGAUGA